AGGAAAGCAACUAAAGUUCUAUUGUACCGGCCAGCGCGCCGCGCCGCCCCGGAGCAGCGACCGACCGACCGCGCCGGGAGGCGGCUGUUCUGCCGCUCCGUGGGGUUUAUCAAACCGUAGUGGGAGGAAGAGACCUACAUUCUCCCGGCGUUUUGUCUAUUUUUUUUUCUUUUUUUUUUUUUAAUUUUCCCCCGUCCUUUCUGGCGGUUCUUUUUAUCAUCUAUCCAUUUUCCCUUCGUUGUUUCCCCACCGCCUGCAAUAAUCGCCUCGCUACGUCUCGCAGCUGGCGCGUUGGAGAAGCCGGCACCAGCCGCCGCGAUGCCGCUCAGCGCCGGCUUCUCCAGCAAGAACUACGAUUACGAUUACGACUCCGUGCAGCCCUACUUCUACUUCGAGGAGGAGGAAGAGAACUUCUACCUGGCGGCGCAGCAGCGGGGCAGCGAGCUGCAGCCCCCCGCCCCGUCCGAGGACAUAUGGAAGAAGUUUGAGCUGUUGCCCACGCCGCCCCUCUCCCCCAGCCGCCGCUCCAGCCUGGCCGCCGGCUCCUGCUUCCCCUCCACCGCUGACCAGCUGGAGAUUGUGACCGAGCUCCUCGGGGGGGACAUGGUCAACCAGAGCUUCAUCUGCGAUCCGGACGACGAGACCGUCAAGUCCAUCAUCAUCCAGGACUGCAUGUGGAGCGGCUUCUCCGCCGCCGCCAAGCUGGAGAAGGUGGUCUCGGAGAAGCUGGCGUCCUACCAGGCUGCCCGCCGAGAGGGGUGCUCCGCCGCCCGCCCCGGACCGCCGCCCGCCGCGCCGCCGGCACCGCCGCCCGGACUGGCCGCGUCCCCCGCCGCCUCCGCCAGCCUCUACCUGCACGACCUGGGCGCCGCCGCCGCCGACUGCAUCGACCCCUCGGUGGUCUUUCCCUACCCGCUGAGCGAGCGGGCCCCGCGGGCCGCGCCGCCCGGCACCAACCCCGCGUCCCUUCUGGGCGUCGACACGCCGCCCACGACCAGCAGCGACUCGGAAGAAGAACAAGAGGAAGACGAGGAAAUCGAUGUUGUUACAUUAGCUGAAGCAAAUGAGUACGAAUCCAGCACAGAGUCCAGCAGCACAGAGACAUCAGAAGAGAACAGUAAGCCCCACCAAAGCCCGCUAGUUCUCAAAAGGUGUCAUGUCAACAUCCAUCAGCACAAUUAUGCCGCUCCUCCCUCCACCAAGAUUGAAUACCCAGCUGCAAAAAGGCUAAGGUUGGACAGUGGCAGAGUUCUCAAACAGAUCAGCAACAACCGAAAAUGCUCCAGUCCGCGCACGUCAGGCUCGUCAGAUUCAGAAGAGAACGACAAGAGGCGAACACACAAUGUCUUGGAGCGCCAGAGGAGAAAUGAGCUGAAGUUGAGUUUCUUUGCCUUGCGUGACGAGAUACCCGAGGUGGCCAACAAUGAAAAGGCUCCCAAGGUUGUCAUCCUGAAAAAAGCAACAGAGUAUGUUCUUUCCAUCCAGUCAGAGGAGCACAGACUGAUUGCAGAGAAAGAGCAGUUGAGGCGGAGGAGAGAACACUUGAAACACAAACUUGAGCAGCUAAGGAACUGUUGUGCAUAGGAACUCUUGAGCAUCACUUAGAAUAAUGCAAACUAGACUGAAACUGAUAAAAUAUUAAUGAUUCUAAUCUCUGACAUGAACUACACAGUCCAUCGAGUGUGGAAUUAUUGCAACUGCAUGCUGUGCGAUUUAACUUGAGACUACACAACCUUGGCUGAAUCUCCCAAGGGUUUGGCCAGAACCUCAAAACUGCCUCAUAAUUGAUACUUUGGACAUAAGGGAUGAUGGGACAUUCUUCAUGCUUGGGGAUGAACUCUUCAAUUUUUUUUCUUUUAAAAUUUUGUAUUUAAGGCAUUUUUUCAUACGAGAAUCCAAAAGAAAAAAGUUGUCCCCAGUUUGCUGUAUAUAUUUACACAUCAUAUUGCCAUGUAAAUACCUUUAAUAAAGCCUUUAUAGAAAAA